UCAAGCCAUCAUCCUUCCAAUUCCAUGCUAGUUAACAUAUAGAUACGAAUAUAAGAAUCGGAGAUGGAAUUAAUGAAGGAAUAUAGAGAACCAAAUUUUCUCAGAAACUUGAAAUUGGUUCUCUUCUUUUUAUCAUUGUUUUGCAGUUUAUGUGCUUAAUAUAUAGAUUUCCUCGGAGAUGAAAGGAGAAGAAAAAUCAAGAUUUUUGUUGGGGAUUUCUCUUACAGAUAGACCAAAAUGGCAACAAUUUCUCAUUUGCUCUUGUGGGUUCUUCUUUGGGUACCUGGUUAAUGGCAUUUGUGAGGAGUACGUAUAUAAUAGGCUUAAAUUCAGCUAUGGAUGGUAUUUCACGUUCGUGCAAAGCUUUAUCUACUUGAUACUCAUAUACAUUCAAGGUUUCACCCCUAAACAAAUGGUGAAUCCAUGGAAAACAUAUGUUAAGCUCUCAGCUGUUCUUAUGGGUUCUCAAGGAUUGACCAAAGGGUCUUUGGCUUUCCUCAAUUAUCCUGCACAGCUCAUGUUCAAAUCCACAAAGGUGCUACCUGUUAUGAUAACGGGUGCCUUCAUUCCUGGCUUGAAAAGGAAGUACCCACCACAUGAAUAUCUUUCCGCUGUUCUUUUAGUUGUUGGUUUGAUACUCUUCACUUUAGCCGAUGCCAAUUCUUCUCCUAAUUUUAGCGUCGUUGGUGUUGUCAUGGUUUGUGUAUCUUUAAUCAUGGAUUCCUUUCUGGGUAAUUUGCAAGAAGCAAUCUUUACCAUUAACCCAAACACUUCACAGAUGGAAAUGUUAUUCUGCUCAACCAUAGUUGGGUUGACUUUCCUAGUUCCACCAAUGGUCUUAACGGGAGAAGUUUCCAAAGCAUGGAAUUCAUGCUAUGAACAUCCUUAUGUAUAUGGGAUCUUAGUGUUUGAAGCUGUGGCCACUUUUGUGGGUCAAGUAUCUGUUCUAUCACUCGUUGCUCUUUUUGGAGCUGCUACAACUGCUAUGGUAACGACUGCAAGAAAGGCGGUGACUUUAUUGUUAUCUUAUAUGAUAUUUACGAAACCAUUAACCGAACAACACGUUUCAGGGCUAAUACUGAUAGCCAUGGGUGUGAUCUUGAAGAUGUUGCCAAAUCAUAAUGUUCAACGGUUGCAUACGAAUGUAAAAUUACACCUCAAGGAAAAAAAGAGUGCCAAUCUCGAAGAAAACAGGCCUCUGGUGUAACACGGUCAAUGUUUUGACUUUUGAUAUUUUGAAGCUGAUUAGCUGAUCAGUCGUAUGUAAUGUAAUGAUGAAUUGAUGAAUUUGAUCAUGGAGAUUGGAGAUGGUUGAUGAAUUAUGAUGGCUUUAGGCUUUAGCAGUUUAGUAGCUGAAUCUUGGAUUGGGCCUUCAAUUGUGUCGUUUUGGGCCUAAUAUCGAAGCAAGCGAUUAUCUUCGUUAUCCCUUAAUGACUUUAGAUGAUCUUGAAAUUGAAUAUGUUGCCAUGAGCCCAUGAGGUUAAAUAUGUAUAGUUUUUUUAGAAACUUUUUUACAAAUAUGUAAGACAGUAAGGGUCGAAUCCAUUUUGGAAUAACAUAGCUUUCACAUG